AACCACAGCGCAAGAGACAACCACGCCUAAGUUCCCCACAAAUUUUCCUGUCGUAAGCUGACCGACUUCGUCAGUCUUGUCUUGACCGAACUCGUGCAGCAACUCAAUGCAGCUAUAAAGAUGGAGCCCCGGGUUCGCUCGCGUCGCUCCUUGUUUCCUCGAUCACUUCCGCGACCGAAGAUGCGGACGGAUCGUUCAUGCCGCGCCCGACACUUCUUCUUGAGAGCCCUCGUUCUCUUCCUGUCCCUGCGGGCCCUUCGAGCUCUCCCCUCGAAGCGCGCCCGGGCCUUGAACAACACGGUCUCGGCCAUGCUUGUCUUCGGGGACUCGACGGUUGACCCGGGGAACAAUAACUACGUGAGGACGGCGUUCAAGAGCGACUUCCCGCCUUACGGCAGGGAUUUCGCCGACCAGGUGCCGACGGGGAGGUUCACGAACGGCCGGCUGGCGAGCGACUACAUCGUAUCGUACAUCGGGAUUAAAGACUAUGUGCCGGCGUAUUUGGACCCAAGCCUUAGCUUUGAGGAUUUGAAGACUGGUGUGAGCUUUGCUUCUGCUGGUUCUGGAUACGACCCUUUAACACCAGCUCUUAGCAAUGUGGUGUCAAUGCCAAAGCAACUGGAGUACUUCAAAGAGUACAAGAAGCGGCUCGCGUCGACGAUGGGGAAGCAAAGCAUGGAGCGCCACAUCAACAAGGCUGCCUUCCUCGUGAGCGCCGGCACCAACGAUUUCGUCGUCAAUUACUUCACUGUCCCCGUCCGGCGGCGGAACUUCACCGUCGCCACCUACCAGCAAUUCUUGUUGCAACACGUGAAAGACCUCACUAAGGGUUUAUGGGAGGAAGGAGCAAGAAGGGUGGGCGUGGUGGGUCUGCCUCCGAUGGGUUGCUUGCCCAUCAUGAUCACACUCAACUCGAACAGCCCCCUCCUGCAGAGAGGCUGCAUGGACCAGUUCUCGUCGGUGGCGAGAGACUACAACGCCCUCCUCCAGAAGGAGCUGGCCUCCAUGCAAAGCAGCUUGGCGAGUCAAGGCUCCAGAAUCUAUUACGCAGACAUAUACCAACCCUUGAGCGACGUGAUCCAGAGGUUCCCGAGUUAUGGGUUCGACCAAGCUCUGAGCGGAUGUUGCGGGACUGGGAUGCUCGAGGCGUCGUUCAUGUGCAACCCCAAGUCGUUCGUGUGCCCGGAUGCUUCCAGAUACGUGUUCUGGGAUUCGAUACACCCCUCCGACAAGACUUAUUACCUGGUCUUCCAGACGCUUCGCCCCGUCGUCGAUGCAAUCAUUCGAGACUAGCUCGAUCUUCGACCUCGCGGCCUCGUUAUUACUACUACUACAUUGUUAUUUUUCCCUGCCAGUUAUGAUUCGCGAAAUCCUUCGGUGGCUCGCUGCGAAGGAUGUGGUGAUUCUCUGGAUGUUGUGCGCACCUUAGAGAAGUGUAUAUUCGUAUACUGUAUAUCAUGAGCUGUGUAUCGUAAAAGUUCAUUGCACUAACAGAAGUUGAGCAUGAACUUGUUCUUUGUUUUUUCCU